AUCGAUUCGGGAGCUUACGUCACGGCGCUGCACGACGCCAGUAAAAAGCCGCAGCGCGUGCUACCGGUGCCGUCGUCGUCAUGCCGCGGAUCUGACCCUAGUUCCUCGCUGGCACGGGCCGGCCGCGACGAUUUUUUUUCCGUUUCGAACGAGUGCCGGAUCCGAUCGGUCAAGUCCGCGAAGGUGUUGUUCGCCUGGGACGAGCCUGCAAAUUAGUUUAACAUGUUUCAGUCGCAGUUCGAAGACUACCUGCCUUACCUAAGCGGCGCUGCAGGUGUUCUCGUGGUGACCGGAAUUGCGGCUUACUUCGCAUCCAGACCAAAACCAGAGAAACCACUGUGGCCUCUCGAUGCUCAGUCCGUGUUACUUCCGGGCACCGACCUGAUCAGAGUGUCGAGGUUCUACAAGGACAGCAAGGAGGGGAAGUUCGUCAGCUACAUCCACGAGGACACGAGGACCCUGUACGAUGCCUUCCGCAGGGGCGCCAAAGAGUCUAACAACGGGCCUUGCCUCGGCUGGCGAGACGGCCUCAACAAACCGUACCAGUGGAUGCACUACAACGAAACUCUGCUCAGGGCGAAGAAUUUCGGUUCAGGACUGGUAUGUCACGGCCUCGCACCGGGCUCCCACACCCUCGUAGGCCUCUACAGCCAAAACUGCCCCGAAUGGAUCCUCACCGAGCAGGCCUGCUACACGUACUCCCUCGUGAUCGUUCCUCUCUACGACACGCUGGGUCCAGACGCAUGUGCCUUCAUCAUCAACCAAGCCGAGAUCAACCUAGUUGUCUGCGAGAACGAUAAAAAGUGCAAUUUGUUGCUUGACAAAGCGCCAAGUGUCCUGUACUCUUUUUUUACCUGCUACACUGAGGCCCUACCACACGCAGAAGGAAUAUAUUCAGGAUGCCUAAGGAAACUGGUAGUGAUAAAAGAAGCUCGUCAAGCGACGAAUCAGAGGGCGAAGAACCGCGGCAUCGAGCUGCUAAGGUUCGAGGACGUCGAGCGAUUAGGCGCGCAAAAGAACCACCCCGAGAUGCCGCCGAACGUGAACGAUAUCUGCACGAUAUGCUACACUUCCGGCACGACCGGAAACCCUAAAGGAGUGAUGCUGACGCACCAGAACGUGAUGGCCGGUGUAUGCGCGGUUCUGCUGCAGCUGGGCGAGCACAAGCCCUCGAACAAGGACACGAUGAUCAGCUUCUUGCCUCUGGCACACAUGUUGGAACGGUGCUGCGAAAACGGCAUGUACAUGGUGGGCGGGUCCGUGGGCUUUUACAGCGGUGACAUCAAAACAUUAGCCGAAGAUAUGAAAGCCUUGAGGCCUACCGUCAUGCCAGCGGUCCCGAGGCUCUUGAAUCGAAUGUACGACAAGGUCCAAGCCGAGCUUCAGAACUCUUGUAUGAAGAAGCUGGUGUUCAGCAUGGGGAUGCGAGCUAAAGAGUCUGAGAUCAAGAAGGGCAUCAUCCGAAACAACAGUAUUUGGGACAAGCUAGCCUUUGGGAAGAUCAAAGAGACGACAGGUGGAAGGUUAAGACUGAUGGUCGUGGGCUCUGCACCCCUCGCGGGAAAUGUGCUCACAUUUGCAAGGUGUGCCCUUGGGUGCCUGAUAGUUGAAGGAUACGGUCAAACGGAGUGUUGCGCGCCAAUCACUCUUACGAUUCAGGGUGAUUAUGUACCGGAGCACGUAGGUCCACCGGUUGCUUGCUGCUGCGUCAAAUUAGUAGAUGUCCCGGAAAUGGAAUACUAUGCCAGAAAGAGCAAAGGCGAGGUGUGCGUGAAGGGCACUAACGUGUUCGUGGGAUAUUUCAAGGAUCCUGAAAAAACUGCUCAAGUUAUCGACGAAUUCGGAUGGCAUCAUACGGGAGACAUCGGCAUGUGGCUGCCUAACGGAACGCUUAAAAUAAUCGACAGGAAGAAACACAUCUUUAAGCUGUCACAAGGAGAAUACAUAGUUCCGGAGAAGAUUGAAAAUAUUUAUUUGCGCAGUCAAUAUGUACAUCAAGUAUUCGUUCACGGGGAAUCCCUGAAAUCUUGCGUUGUAGGAAUAGUAGUACCGGAUGUGGAUGUUGUAAAAUGUUGGGCAGUGGAGAAUGGUAUUUCGGGUACGCUAAGCGUAUUAUGCAAUAAUCCACAAAUCAAACAGUUAAUCAUAGACGACAUGCUUGCGUGGGGAAAAGAAGCUGGCCUCAAAUCCUUUGAGCAGGUCAAAGAUAUUUAUUUACAUCCGGACCCAUUCUCUGUCCAAAACGGCCUCCUCACGCCGACAUUGAAAACAAAACGACCUCAGCUGAAAGACUACUUCACACCACAGAUAGAGGAUCUCUACCGACAUUUGGACUGACCAGACUGAACAUUCAUCUCGAUUUGUUUUCAUUAGCAUUGGGAGCAGCGAAGACAGGAAGGAUUGAAAUGCCUUUAUGUCGCACCCACAGAAGUCACUUCCGUCAUCGAAUACGUUCGUUAUUCCGCGCAACUUUUAUUAUAUCAUUUUCACGAUUGCAUAAAAACGCAAGCGAAAAAAUAAGCACCGUUUUAGGCUACUAAGGUAAUUGACAAUAUUAUAAGUAAUAAAAUGAGUUAUUAUUAGGCGCGUCUGAUUUAAUUUUAAUUGUAAUCAACCCUUGAUACUUUUCACAUCUAGCUACAAUCUUCUCCAACUCUUAUCCUUGUAUUUUGAUACAUAUUAUUGCCUAACUAUAGAUGUAUAUUUUUAUUGAUAACAAUAAUUCGUCGAAUUCUGGAUUUAGUACAAAGUAGGAUACUUGAACGUUAAUUACAGUGGCGAACUCAAUGUUUUUCAAUCUACAGAAUUCACGUAACAAAUGGAUAACUAGAAGAUCGUGAAUAUGAUUUGAAAUUUUCGUAGACCUUCAAAAGAUUUGCUUAUAACAUUGUAACUAGACAGGAGAUGCUUUUCUUUUAUUACUACUAAUACAUUACAAUUGUUUCCUCCUGUUUGGCAACUGUAUAAUUAUAAACCAUAUCAAGGAUUUAAAGUGAUUCUUAAUAAAAAAUGAAUAUAAAAUACGGAACGAAAAUGAUGAAACAAGCAAAAAUGGUACGACAUCCCUCCAAACUAUAAGUUACUAACGACCACAGCACACUACAUUCAAUGUAAUAAUAACAUUUGAAACUCACUGAUAAUAAAUAUGGUUCAAAAACCUCAUUGCGACCAAGAUAUCACUCUACUUGCAGCUUUAGCUUUUAGAUUUAAAGCUAUAAUAUACGACAACGCAACCAACAAUUAUUAGUGUCAACGCAACUGCCGCUAAAAUAAAUCUUUGCUGAAGA